AUGUUGGUUACCUACUCAAUCUCAAGGAACCAGGAACUAACUCCUAAAAACAGUCGGAAAUAUUAUGAACGAAACAAUGCGCUAAUUUCCCAAUAUCUUUACAUUGACCGACUGCUGGACUCUUCGCUACCCCAUAAUCUGAUCGAAGACUAUAACGGAUGUAAUCACUAUGCUUCAAGAAAGGGAAUUCUUCAGCCGCCUUCGCUAGAAGACAAUCAUGCCGAGGCAUCAGAACCUAAUCCCAAGAUCGGAAGGAUCAAACGCACCCCGCAUAAUCUUUAUCGGAUCCCCGAUGAGACAACACCCUUAGUCCACUCUCCUGAGGCAGCAGAAGACAGCCCAUUAGAUCCGUUCCUCGAUCUUGAAUCGCAUGGCGGCAUGUCCCCAGAGGACGAGGAGCGUAUUAUCAACAUAGCCAUUCGCAUCAAUUUCGUCGCCAACGUUGCUCUCCUAGCCUCGAAGAUCGCCAUCAUGGCGAUGACUAGCUCCAUGUCUAUGCUGGCAGGUCUUGUGGAUGGAGUUUUGGACUUUCUCAGCACAGUGAUUGUCUGGAUAACUACCACUAUGAUCCGCCGACAAGAUCGCAACCGCUACCCCAUCAGCCGACGGCGGUUAGAGCCUAUCAGUGUGUUGAUAUUCUCGGUGAUCAUGGUGACGUCCUUUUUCCAAGUAGCACUAAAUUCUAUGAAACAAUUAAUUGGAGACGACCGCACGGUUGUUGAGCUAUCUAUCCCAUCCCUUGCCUUGAUGGGUGGUACUGUUUUGGUUAAGCUGCUCUGCUGGAUCUGGUGUAGGCUAAUUCCUAGCCCAAGCGUUCAGGUCCUGGCCCAGGACGCCAUGACUGACGUUGUUUUCAACACAUUCAGCAUCAUCUUCCCCCUGAUUGGUACCGUUGCAAACCUCUGGUACUUGGAUCCCAUAGGUGGUCUGCUCCUCUCCUUCUACAUCAUGUGGAACUGGGGUCAGACGGCCACAGAAUACAUCCAACGGUUGACCGGCGCAGCUGCCUCUCCCGACGAUCAUAGCAUCUUGCUGUAUAUGACGAUGCGGUUCUCCUGGGUCAUUCACAAGAUUCAGGACCUGAAAGCCUACUACGCCAGUGACAAACUGAACGUGGAGGUUGACCUUGUUGUGGAUGAAAAGAUCAGUUUACGGGAUAGUCAUGAUGUUGGCGAGAGUUUGCAGUACAUCAUCGAGAGUGUCCCUACUGUCGACCGUGCCUUUGUGCAUUUGGAUUAUGACGAGUGGAACCUGCCCAGCCAUAUGAACCAGAUGGACCGGUAA